AUGAGCAACAGCAAUGCGCAGCCGGUCAAGGUUCUGGUAACUGGAUCGGUUAACGGCGGGCUGGCCGAUUUCUUUGGCAAAAUCAAAAAACUAGACGCAAAGUACGGGCCAUUUGCGGUUCUGUUUAUUACCGGCAACCUGCUUGACAGCGACCCCAGCGAGGACGAGGUCAAUGCAUUGCUGAGCAACGAUAUACCCAUUCCGCUGAUGACAUACGCCAUCAUUGGUGACCACAGGCUGCCUGAGCGAGUCCUGUCCCGCAUCGAGGCUCGAUCGGGUGAGGUGUGCCAGAACCUGGUGCUCCUCAAAAACCACGGCAUUCUACAGACAUCCGAGGGUAUGAAGGUGGCAUACCUUAGUGGCCAGCAGCAGCCCGAGCUGCAGCAGCCUGAAGACAACAGCGAAGACAAUAACGAGUACGAGGCUGCUGAUGACAGCGACGAGGCCAAGGUGGCCACUAUGGCUGAGUCCAAUGAGUGCACGUACACCAACCAGGACAUGGGUGACCUGCUCAAGCAGGUGGUUGUGGAGAACAAUGUGACGGCCGAGACGACUGGCCCGCAUCCCAGCAUUGAUAUUUUGCUCACCUUUGACUGGCCGUACGGCAUUGGCCCCGACCAGCCCGAGCCCGAGCAUGCGUCAAACAAGAUCUCAUUCAUUAGCGCCACGACCAAGCCCCGCUACCAUUUUGCUGCUAGCGAGGGCACGUUCUUUGAGCGCCAGCCAUACAAGUACAGCGACAAGAUCAAGUGGUUCUACGCCAUGAACAUCAUGCCACUGCAGAGCUCGAAUUGCGGCGAUACCAGUCCCAGCCAGGUGCCGGAAAACAGCACCGAAAACCCGCACAGGGCGCACUUCCCGUCAAGCAAUGGCAUCAUGAACAGGGAGGAGCUGCGCAGGAUAAUGGCCUCCAUAAACUUGGAAAGCCUCGGGGCAAAGCGCGACGGACCUGACCUUAAGAGGCAAAAGGGCGCCCCGCCCCCACUCGACUACACUUGCAAUAUAUGCAAGGUUGGCGGCCACUGGAUUAGAGACUGUCCUGAGAGACACCAGGCAGAGCGCAAGCCCAGGAGCGAGAUCCCGCCCGAAGGUGCCCGAACCUCGACAUCGCGAAUGAACCUGAUCAACAUUGCGCAAACCUGCUGGUUCUGCCUCUCGAACCCGAAUGUCGACCAAAAUCUCAUCGUUGCCAUUGGCGACGAGGCGUAUGUUGCCAUGGCCAAGGGCCCGCUGGUAACUGGUCCUGCAGGCGUUCAGAGCGGCAAUUCGACGGCGUGGGAGCAAGGAGAAGUCAGCCCGAUUCCGGGUGGUGGCCACGCCAUGAUUGUGCCCAUCGAGCAUGUACUAGCCAAGUGGACCCAGUCGUUGACUGCCCUCUACGCCGAGUACGACUGCGUGCCGCUCAUGUUCGAGAGCAACUAUCCGCGCGACAAGAAGGAUGGCUAUGUGUGGGUCAGCACACCAACCACGGGUGCCAAGCCGACAUGUGUCAAAAUCCCUGCAAAAGAGAAGAGGUUCAAUUUGCAGAUUGGAAGUCGUGCACGGUUUCCUGACAAGGAAGAGGCGCGUCAGCGUGAUGCGUUUAUCAAGGUGUUCUCAAAGCACGAUUUUAUGAGCGGCAAGGAUUAG